AUGCAGCUAUUUAACGCACUUUUUGUUCUGCUCGCUAGCACCCUUGCUACUGCACAGCUCCCAAAUAUCCCUUCAUGCUCUAUAAACUGCUUCAUCAGUGCAUUCGAGCGUGAUGGAUGUUCACAGUUGACAGACUUUGCUUGCCAUUGCCAGAAGCCUGAUCUGCCUACCACCAUAUCUCCCUGCGUCCAAAGAUCAUGCAACGUUGCCGACCAGUCUGGUAUAAGCCAACCCAUUCCCUACGGACUGGACGGGACUAAUAAUUCGCCAGCCGUAUCUAGUGAAGUUGUCCGACAAUGUUCCAUCGCGGGCCAUCCCAUCUCUAUCCCACCGGUGGGCGGUGGUCUUGAGACUACGACCUUGUCCAUGCCUAGGACCUCCACCACGGAUUCCGGCGCUGUCUCCUCCAGCGCUGCAUCAGCGACCCUCCCGACGGUAUCCUCCUCUGGUGCCGCAUCAUCGUCUAAGGUGUCGCAUUCCUCGUCCGCAUCUACUUCAGCUUCGGCAUCUAGCUCCCACGCUCCUUCAACUCCAGGCUCACACAGUCAGUCCGGUCAUGGAUCGUCCACGCCAUCUCCAUCCUCUCCUCUUUCAACUGGCUCUGCAUCUACUGUCAAGGCGGGUGUAGCUGGGGCUAUAGUCAUUGCUGCAGCUGCAGUGUGCGUGCUAUAG